CACGACCAGCGAUGGAGAAAGGACCAGCAGAAAUGCCCUCACGCGACCAUGAACCAGCGGCCAGUGUCAGCAGCCAACAACCACUGGCGCAGCAACCUCGAGCGCAGCAGACACAAGCUUUCAACCUGGUCGUGUGGCUAAAACUUCACGGCGUGGAUAUAAUUACCAUGGCUUGUAUGGGAGCUGUGGCUCUUGGAGUUCAUUUAGCCCCUGCACCUUCGAAUGACUUCCCCAUCUACAAUGUGGAUGGGUCAAUAAUGUAUCCAGAGUACUCGUUUCCACGGAAGACGCAAAUCGUUCCUAUAUGGGCAUCUGCUCUUAUGGCCAUCUUCAUUCCGUUGGUGUUCUUCGUGCUUGCUCAGGCGCGCAGACAGAGCGUGGACGACCUGUUGACCACGUUCCUGGGCCUGAUAAAAAGCGUCGUCUCCAGUUCCGUCUUCCAAGUUAUUAUCAAAGCUACUAUUGGAGGACUGCGACCCCACUUCUACGACGUUUGCAAGCCUCUUGUCUCACCAGGUGAUGCGCCAUCGGGCAUCGGGUUUAACGACAUCAUCUAUGACCCUUCGAUAUGCACUGGCGAUUCCGAGCACAUCAAAGAUGCUCUGAGAACCAUGCCCUCAGGUCAUUCAGCGGCUGCCUGGUCCGGGCUGAUGUUCCUGGCCUUCUAUCUGAACGCGCAACUCAAGGUCAUCUCAGGAAAUAACCCAGCAUACUGGAAGUCGGUUUUAUUUCUCGCCCCUAUUCUGGGGGCCUUCCUUCUCUCGGCGUACUUGGUGAGAGACCAUCAUCACCAUUGGUCAGACGUAAUUGUGGGUUCAGCAAUCGGGAUUGGGACUGCAACUCUCGCCUUCAGACAGACCUUUGCUUCAAUAUGGGAUUACCGAUACAACCACAUCUUGCUCCCAAGAAUGACCUCGCUACUCCAUCGUCAACCCCGACAGACAUUGUCUCACCGACCACCUCGAGAUCUCCCAUUCACACGAGAAUCUGGCUGGGAUUAUCAUCCCUGA